CCGCGACCGGCGGCGAAGUUCGAGCGUGUUCACGUAGUUGGCGUUUUAAUCAAAAGUAACAUUUUCUGCACAACCAACAUGCAAAAUAUCAAUACGGAGACUUUUAUAAAUGAAGUAAUGAAUCGCCCAGCAAUUUGGUGCUCUACAAACGCACAAUAUAAAAAUAAAAACGUUGUAAGAAAAAAGUGGGAUGAAAUAUUGAAGCUAUUCCCAGGAUCAAAAGUGGUUGAUUUAAAAAAGAAGUGGAAGAACUUACGAGACCAUUACCGCAAGGAAUUAAAAAGAUGUUCUGUUAGCCGAUCAGGUGAUCCGGACGGAGAAAGGUACGAAUCAAGCUGGAAAUAUUUUCACAACAUGAGCUUCACUAAAGAUGAAUUAAUACCGGUAGCUAGCGAAGUUAAUGUGAAAGAAGAAGAAAAAGACAGUGAAGAUGACAACAGCGCAAGCGCAGAAGAAGAUUAUACAGAAACAAACGUAGAAAGUAAAAAAGAACAGGACACGGAACAAAUAGGAAAUGAAAGAAAACGAACAGCACAAGAUCUUAGACAAGAAUAUUUAGAAAUUGAAAAGAAAAAGUUGAAACUACUCGAAAGCGAAACACAACGUCAUAGCACAGAUGAUAUUUCUAAAUCCCAGGAUUAUCACUUCUUAAUGAGCCUUUUACCAGAAAUUGAAAAACUUCCACUUGUAAACAAAUUUAGAUUACGAAAUAGGUUUAAUGAUGUACUUCUCGAGGAGUUACAUUCUAUUGUUAUUACUCCACAUUAUCAGACUGAUUAGAAUCAACCUUUCUAAUUAUUAAUUUCACGUGUAUCGUAAUAACACGAUAAUAUUGACUUUAUAAGAAACACAAUUGAAUAACAAAUAUAAGAGUGUAAUAUAAGAAAAUAUUUACAUAUUAGUAUCUUUUUAUUUCCAAUCAAACUUACUUGGUGACUUCAAAGACAUUCAAAAACAAAAAUUUUCAAUGAAGAAGUCAAAAUUGGAAAUUCUGUCAUGUCUUUUAGAUAGUGCGAUUAUAUAAAAAACUCAUAUUAACUCUCAUAACAAGCGUAAAAGACCACACAUACGUCACGUCACCGCUCGUCGCCUCUCGCCACCACGCCGCUAGUAACCACGUAGGCCACAAUCGUCUACGUGGCUAUUGCCAGUAGUUAGUUGCCGUGCACAUGAGCUGCGGAAGUGACGUCACUUACCUAGUGCAUUGUGAAUGAACCGCAUGCUAGUACCGCUACUCUU